CGCGUGAAGUGCUCGAAAUCGGGCCCCAAACGAAGCUCAGGUCGCCAAAGACGCACUAGCUCCAGCGCCACAAAAGUGAAGAAAAGCCAGUGAAUUGAAAUUAAAAAGAAACCGAACCGAAGCCACGGGAGUACCGAAAUUACCAAACGCGCGCUCGUGUGACGAUUUGAGAGCUUUUCAACAUUGCCGGCAGGACCAAUCGAUCAGCUGUGGCAGCCGGCAAUGCACCAAGAUGAGUAAGGAGCAGCAAGCAGCAGGCCGGGAUUUCAAGCGCAAUUCGAACGCCUACGCCAGUCUGCCGCCCUCGGGAUCGGGAGCAGCGUCCUCCGGAGCAGGAUUGGGAACAACGGGCACAACAGGAGGCAGGGGUCGCAGCAGAAACCACAACUUGGAGCAGGAGCAGUUUGGACUCUCGAACAGCCUGUCCAGCGAAUCGAUACGACAGGCCUGCGCUUAUUACGACGACGAGUUGAGCGACGAGGACCUCAUCGAGAUCCAACAGACGCCGCAAUCGUUUCACCAGCAGGCUAAACAGCCUAAACAGCUGCAACCCAUCAGCUUUCGAUUGGGAGAUGACCUGGGAGACGAACGAAGUGCCUUUUGUGGGAGCCAGGAGAUGCAGCAGGCGCCACUGAGCACGCCCAUCAAACAAGCGGCUGCGGCUGAAACCGAUGAAGCCUUAUGUGUGCUCAGCGAACUGGAUGCCAUUCUGGAUGUGCACGAUGUCUCUCAGUUGAAUGGCACCUGCUCAAGCGCAUCCAUGAACUCGGGCAGCGACGAUGACAAGGUUGAGGACUAUCUCAUGGAUCUGGACAACUAUCUGGAGGAGAUGGACAAUGCCUUGAGCCGCGAAGAGUCCCUAAUCAUUAUGGGCGGCCAGUCCAGCUUGAAAAGAGAGCCCCGGACUAGAACUCUGCCUUUGAGUAGGAAAAAGAAAUCGAAUAAAAAGAAGAGCGAGGAGCAGGAGGAGGCUGGCCAGGAAGAUUUUCAGAGGGAGCAUCAAAUAAGGAAGACCUUCAGCUGCUCACUGAGGCCCACGAGCCAAACAGCAUCUUCUACUGCAUCGCUGGAGACAUCGACGGAACCCGCGAUGGACGUUUGGAGGCGUCAGUCCAUGCGUCGCGCCAUGGAGCAGGAUGAAACCAAAGCCACAGUCGAAAGGGAAAGGGAGGAGGACGAUGUACCGACCUUGUUGGUGGAGCUGCCGCCCAGACGCGAGGCUGAGAUGCGCCGCUGUUACUCCCAAAGCGACUGUCAAGCUUCAGGCGGUUCUCAGAUGCUCACAGAGGCGCACAUCUUCGACAACCUGCUGCAGACGAAUGUGAGGGCUUCGAGCGAGGAACCGCGACCCAGGCAGUAUGGUCGCCGCUUGGAAGGACCUCCCACACCUGUGCGCUCCCUGAUUCUUGCACAGGGUCGCCCGCAGAGUGCUCCCACGCGUGUGCAGAUGAGCCACAGGGAACCGCAGCUCCAGGAGACGCCUACGCACCCCAUAAUGUCCACAUGCUCGGAAUUGAGCUCCGCACGCUCCUCGCGGAUGCCCAGCCCAGUUUCCCUGCCCUCGGACAGCAGCAGCAGCGGCAGCAGCUCCGCGGAACAGGAACAGGAUCCGGUGCAGACCACUACCAUGUGCAGUGCCAGUAGCACUACGCCACUGGAACCACUGCAUCAACUGCAGCUGCUGCUGCGAGAGAAGUGCGGCUUCAACAGUCAGUGGCCACAUGCUGGGAGUCGAACGCUCGCGCUGAUUGGCUGCACUUUGGGCGUCUUUAAUAUGUGCCGAUUUGCCGUGCUCACCAUCAACUUUGGUGGUAACUUUCUGCUGCAGUUUCUUCUGCUCUCGGUGAUCUUUGGCAUCCCUUUGCUUUGGCUGCAAAUGUGCCUGGGCGCCAAAAUUCGCGCAGGGCCAGUUUCCAUGUGGAAAAUCAGUCCGAUUUGCGCGGGAGUGGGCAUAGCUUUGGUGAUGGAGCAAUGCUUUCUGGCCUUGUAUUCCACGGUAUCGCUGGCCUGGAUCUUAGUCUACCUAAGGGAUGUGUUUCCGACAGCGUCGCGGAAUGGUUACCGCUGGCAGGAGAUGGCAUUCCCAUAUCGUUAUGAUGCCUCCAAUGGUACAGGGAAUCUAACCCAAACUGUAGCUGAGUACUUCAACGUGGUGGUGCUGCAGCGACUGCAUCUGGCCAAUCACCCAGAGUCGAGCGGAAUACGCUUUCAUGUCAACGAUCGGCAGCUGGCCUUCUAUCUGGCCCUCAUCUGGGCGGCCGUGUUUCUCAUCCUCUGCAAGGGUCUAAAGUCCCUGGGCAAGUUGGCCUACCUUAUCUACACGCUGCCUUUGGUGGCUCUUGCGGUGGUGACCGCCAAGUUUGUCUAUGUCGUGGAUCCCAGCAAGAUACAGAACAUCUUUGCUGCCAGCGAUUUCGACGACUUUCUGGUGAACUCGAACAGCUGGACGGCGGCCACCCAGGAGACCUUUCUCACUUGGGGCUUGCUUGGAGCCUCGGUGAUCGCCAUCACCAGCAGAAGUCACUCGAAUGCAAACAAGGCGGCUCUGAGGAGGGAUGCAAUACUCCUGGUUCUAAUUACCCUUAUAGGACUAGGUUUAAUGGCCUUGCUAGCUUUGUGUUGUGCACAGAUUCUGUGGGAGCAUGGCUACAUUUAUGUGCCGGGAUCUUUUGAAAACCCCAAUUGCUAUACGUCCAUUUACUCGCUGCAAUCGAACACCAAUCCGUAUUUGCUUUCCUAUCCGCGCUCGCUGAUUCCGCACUACUCCUCGUUUAUUGGGGAGACCUACAGGAGGAACCGCACCAUGAUUCACGUGGAGAGUGGCUUCCAGGCGCUGCGCUUCAUCUCGGAAAUCUUUCCGGCUGUUCUCUCGCUGGCCAGCGAUAGUAUUUCGUGGGUUUGGGCCGCUGUGGCCUUUGCCACCUUCGCGGGAUUCGGACUGGCGCAGCUGUGCGUGAUGUGGAAACCCAUUUCGAGUGCCUUGGGCAACUCGACGAGUUCCGUUUUGCUGAGCUGCGUUACUGGGCUGCUUCUGAGCAUCCCCUUUGCCACCGAAAUGGGCAUCUCGAUCCUGUACUAUGUGGAUUUCCUGCUGGGCGGCUCCUGGUUUAUUCCGAUCAUCUGGACGGCUCAGAUCUUUGGCGUGUUUCUGAUACGCGGACGUCCCUACAACGGAGAUGACCUGGUGAAUGACCUGCGACUCUGUGGCUCCAUGUCUGCCUUUCUGGCUUUGUCCUGGAACGUUUUGCUGCCCAUUGGUCUGAUCACUUUGUCGGUCGUCGACUACAAGGCUUCGCUGUCGAACCAGUUUUACUAUUGGCGUGGCAAGUCGUACUUUUCAUAUUGGUCCAGGAAGAUGGGCAGCCUCAUACAGAUUGGAGUGCUGUUGGUCAUUCCCGUGACUGCUAUUAUUCAGAUUUACCGAUAUCUGGCCCAUGGUCCGCCGGAUAUCUUGGAGCGCAUUCAGCUGCUUUAUCGACCUCCGGAGGAGGGAGAGGAGCCUCGUCGUCCCUCUGCGCGACAAAGCGCCGGCCAAGGACGUCGCAAUGCCUUGGGCCAGACGACGGAGGGAUCGCAGCACGAUGCCCAGAACGAUGCGCCGCCCAAGUACACGCCACCUCCGUCCUACACCACGGCCACUGGAGCACGCCUGGCCAAGCUGCUGCGCCAGAGCAUUCGUCGCAGUGUGCGGAGGGUUCUGGGAGACUCCAGUCGCACUCGACCCGUGCUCUCCUUGGAUGCAGAGUCCGCUUCUCCGGCGGCUCCACCCGAUUACCUGACCAUACUGACCAACCCAGCUGGCAGUAGCUCCAAUGCGGAGCCUUCGCCGGCCUCCAGCAGCAGCAGUCCCGAGUCCAUCGAGAUUGGCCAGCGACCGGCUGGCUAUGCUCAACGCUCGCAAUCGCUGGGCAGGAAGCUGCAUCGCUCAAUGGCCACGGCCAACAGCCUGGAGCGUCGUCCCUAUACGGCGGAGGAUGUGGUGACCAUACUGCGCUCCUCCGUGCGACAUCGCCAGUCGCAGGGAGCCGCCAGCACUCUGCCCCGCCCCCCAACCGCCGCCAUGUCCACCCACUUGGAGGACGCCUCUUUCCGAUCCAUCGAGAACCUCGUGCUGAACGCCGAGCCGCCGGACAGGACACCCGGCGUGGAGCUGGAGGAGGAGGAGGCUGGACAGAGGAGGGGGGCGGAGGAUAAUACACAAAAUAAUACAUCUGUGAUUUAACUGACUAAUAUCGUACCGUACAUAGCGUAACUCUUAUGCGAUCCAUAUAUCCGCUUGCUUUCUUAGACUUGAUUAGAGCUAGUUAACUAAAAUACGAAUAUUACUUUGUAGUUAUGCGAAUAAUAACGAAAACAAUUAGUUGGUA